AAUAAAAGAGUUUUAGUAAGCUUAACUAAAUACUUAGAAAGUACAAUGUGUUAAGUGAAACCUGGUAUAUAAUAAAUAAUGAUAUUUAUGGAAGACCAUUUUGAUGACUAAUCUGUAAUUUUCUCAAAGAAAGCAUGCACUGAAACAAAUUCUUUUGGUUACUUCCUCAAACAACCAACACAAUGAGGAAAAUGGAGGAAGUGUUCCAUGAACACCAUAAAAAGGAAACCUGAACAACCAAUGCAUAAACUUGCAGAAAGGACAACAUUAAAAAACAAAACCAACAAAAGAAAACGCCUUCCAGUAUAACCUGAGACACAUGAAAAGCAAACACGAGAGUGAACAUUACUAAAUCUUCAAAGAGAUAAACAGUGCAUUUGAACUUCAUCAUGACUUACAAGUACUUCUUUGAAAUUGUGUUGGUGCUGCUGGCCUCAUCUACUAUCUUCUCCCUAAAACUGAAACGGGUUCCCUUCCAACAAAGAAGAAUGAACACAAGGAGUUUAAAACCCUGGAAUAAUUUACAAAAGUUGAGAAUCCAGCAAUGUCUACCACACAGGAAUGAUUUCCGGCUUCCCCUGAAGUCUGUGAAUCCUCAUCAGUACCAAAAGGCACAAGUACUGGCUGUAAUCCAUGAGACACUUCAGCAGAUCUUCAGCCUCUUCAGAGAAAAUAUUUCCCUGGGUGGUGGGGAGAAAAAUGACUUGGAGAAAUUCCUGAUUGAACUUCAUCAAGAGCUGCAGUACCUAGAAGGAUUCAUGGAACUGGAAGCGAAGCAGGAAAGUGGAGCCUUGGGUAGUGAGAUCCUUAGGUUACAGAUUAAAACAUAUUUCCUGAGGAUCCGUGACUACCUGGAAGCCCAGGACUACAGUAUCUGUGCCUGGAUCAUUGUCCAGGUGGAAAUCAACCGAUGUCUCUUCUUUGUGUUCAGACUCACAGAAAUGCUGAACAAAAAGAGCUAGAUCCUUGAACAGUGUGCAGCAAGAGCUGACUACAGUCCUGAAAAGCAUGGGGUACGUGGAGGAGCAAGGGACUUCUCUAGACGUAAUUAUUUCUCUUUAUCAUAAAAUGAUAGUACUGCCUUGGUGUUUUGUGUAUAUAAAUUUGUGUUUCUGUAUACAAAAAUGCAUAUAUUUACCUAUGUUUUAAGACUUCAUAUUGUCUUGAUUUUGUAAUGCAAUUUUAUAUUUUCUACCCUUUAAAAGUUGUUUAUUAGUAAAAAUAAAUUAAUUAAUAUCUCAUUACUGAUUUUUCAAAAGAGUGUAUUUUCAUAAAAGUUGGUAGGUAGAUAUAAUUAAAUAGGCCUACAAUGUAAUAACACUUUAUUAUAGAACAUCCAUUCCAAUAAUUUCUUUUUUUGCCAGCAAUUAGUAGAGGCAAUGAAAAAUACUCAAGUAAUUUGCAUUGCACCAUUUGAAAAAUAGUAUUACCUACUAAAUAUUUAUGUUACAAGGGGCACAAUAGAAAUGUUGCCAGAUAACAUGAAAAUUUUGCAGAAAAAUAUACAUAAAAGAUAUUCAACCUCACUCAUAAAAACACAAAUAUAAAUUAAAAUUAAGAAUGUGCCAUUUGUAAUCAGGUAAAAGUCCAAAGUUUUAUGAAAUAAAAGGAAACACUUUCGAACCAGCAGACAGAAUCAGUCUCUCUUUCUCUCUCUAUUCCUCCCCACACACACAUGCACAAAUAAAUAAAUUUAAAAAUUAAAAACAAAACAUUGCUAUGAAGACCUUGGGGAGAGAUGAUUAUUAUAAUUUAUCAGUACUCUGGAAACUGAGACAGUCACUAUGGAGCUAAUUUUGUGGUAUCCACCAAAAUGACAUGUGCAUUAUAGCCUUUGAUUCAUCAAUUCUAAGCUUGAGAAUGCAAUCUAUAAAAAUACUUGCACAUCUAUGUGAAAUGACUUAUCUACUAUAUUACUCAAUGUGGCAUUACUUAUAGUGUCAGGAGACAGGAAACCACUUGAAUCUUCUUGUUGGAGACAGUUAAUGUAGCAGGGUAGGGAAGCUUUCUUGUGUCAAGGGACAUUUCGGUAUUUAUAAAAUCAUUCAUGGGCCUCACAAAAUUAUCUAUUUAAAAGCUAACCUGCUGGGGCCAGCACUGUAAUAUAGCAGGUAAAGCUGCUGCCUGCAGUUCUGGCAUCCCAUCUGGGCACUGGUUGGAGUCCCAGUUUGGAGUCCCAGUUACUCCAUUUCUGAUCCAGCUCUAUGCUAUGGCCUGGGAAAACUGUGAAAGUUGGCCCAAGUGCUUGAGCCCCUAUGCCCAUGUAGGAGACGUGGAAGAAGCUCCUGGCUCCUGGCUUUGGAUCCCCUCAGCUCUGGCCAUCGUGGCCAUUUGGGGAGUGAACCAGAGGAUGGAAGACCUCUUUCUGCCUCUGUGUCUCUAUAACUCUGCCUUUUAAAUAAAUAAAUCUUUAAAAAAAAGUCAACUGAUCAAUCUCUUAAAAAAUUAAAAAGCCUGCUAUAGAUUUAUUGAAUUUCAAGUCCCACCUGUGGUUGCCAUUGCAGGGCCAGACCAAAUUAUUUUAUGGGCUGUACAUUCCCCACUUCUCAAAAGGAGCACAAUUCAGGUAAAGAAGAGUAAUAGGGUAGAAUUACUCUUAGGUGUUUAAUUAAUGCUAUAACUAGUACUCAAAUAGUAUUUUACACUUUGUGUUUCUGUGUGGGAGCAAAAUGUGGAAAUCUUUACUUAACAUAUGCUAAAUUGAUCUUCUGUAUAUAAAGAUAAUUGAAAAUUAAUCAUGAUGUGAAGGGGAAA